AUGGAAGCUCUUCAAGAUUUAGGGGUAAAAGAAGCCGAAGUCUUUGGGGAUUCAACUUUGGUUAUAGCUCAAGCACAGAAGUUGUGGAUUGUGAAGGAAGAACAUUUAAAGCCUUAUCAACAAUACUUGGAAGACUUGACUAAGACCUUUGACAAGAUCAAGUACACAAUCAUCCCUAAAGCUCAGAACCAGUUUAUGGAUGCCCUAGCUACUUUAGCUUCCAUGGUUGAAAUACCCAAGGGAGUAUGGACACGACCCUUGGAAAUUGAACAAAGUGGUGAGGAAGUGCACAAAAGGAAGACUAAAGCCUCAGUAAUGGCCAUAGAGGAAAAGGAAGCUCCGUGGUACUAUGACAUCAUGAAGUUCUUAGAACUAGGGGCAUAUCUAGACGGUACCGACAAGAGAGAAAGUCAUUCCAUUAGGAUGAUGGCAACCCAAUACAUCCUACGUAGAGGACAACUCUAUAGAAGGUCCUAUGACGGUGUACACCUUCGUUGCUUGAAAAGAGAAGAGGCUAAGAGGGUAAUGGAAGAGGUUCAUCAAGGAAUUUUUGCCCCUUUCAUGAAUGGAAGGAUGUUAGCCAAGAAAAUCCUAAGGAUGAGGUACUACUAG